ACUUACUGACGUGAAAUUAGGCGGUCAGGACUGGGGGGAAAAUAUUAAAUUCGCGAAAAUCAACGAACGAUAGAUGGCGCUGUAAAAGUUUUGUUUUUAAAAAUAGUGGUGAACAACAACGCAUUUCUAUGUACGAUUACGUUGUGUAGUGGUGUAGAAUUACACUUUUAGAGUGUAUUAGUUUGAAUUUGUUGUGUUAAUUAGGUAAGUUGUAAUGUAAUUAUAAUAAAAAUUACUUAUAUUUGUGUGAAUGUUUUAGAGCGAUGGUGGUUAUUGAAAUUUCCCUUAUGGACAUCUUAGAGUAUGUGGGGGAUCGUAAGCGCCCUUUAAUAGAGGGAGAAGCCGUUUUCAAGGCAGGACACAUUAUUUUAUGUGGUUUGGAGAGUGAAGAACCAAAUGUUAUCAGAAGUCUUUGCCUACAAACGUCUGCCUUAAAGCAGCUACCACACGAAAUUUCAAUUAGGUUAGAUACCCCAACUUGGCAAUGUAGAUGCAGUUGUAAAGCUGGGCUGUCGGGAUAUUGCAAGCAUGUCAUAGCAACAUUAAUUUAUGUAAACCGUAACGAAAAUUUAGAUUUUAUAAGUUGUACCGAGCUGCGACAAAAAUGGGGGCAAGAAAAAAAAGCUGUCCAGGAAAUGUAUGCCACCAAACCUUUUUCUGAGUUCUGUCACCCAACAAAUAUAAAAAAGAGUGACAUUGUGAUAAGCAGCGAAGUCACAAAAAUGAAUUUUAACCUUUUGGUUGCAGCUGUAGGCAACUCCGCAUUGUCCUCUUUUAAGCAAAGAAGUUUACAAAAUAUUACGGAACUGCCACCACAAAAGCGGAGUAGUGUGUGCGAAGUAGUAGCAGGGGGGUCAAAUGAGUCCAGUUCACACCAAACUGACCAGAUUACUAGUAGUUCAGUAAAGACCGAGACAAAGACUGAGAAGUUUCAAUCCCUAUGCAUAGAAAAUUUAAUCAACUUCAUGGAUGCAAAUGAAUAUACACAGAAAUUUGAAUUUAUAAUAUUAUUCAUAAUUUAAAAAAAUGUUGUUUAUCUCUACUUGAGACAUUACACAAAACUAACCGAAAAAUUGCAGCAUGCACAAAACAAGGCUCAGAAGAGUGGAAAGAAGAACGGCAGUUACGGAUUACUGGAUCUACUUGUUACGCGAUAUAUACUUACGGCAAUCGAAACCCCAACUGGGAGCAGAAAGCAUUAAGUUUUUUUUCCC